AUGAUUUGUUGGAGGUUAGAAAUAACCGUUACUUUUGUGAAGGUCUUGCACGACCAAGUCCUUUUGGCCCGAAGGUUUCUGAGCCUUUUGGGUCGGCACGGCCACAUGUGGUGGCUCAGGCUGGUGGUCAUCUCGACCACAGCCGUAAGCCAUGGUUGGUGGGCUGGCCCAGAGGGGCCACCGGAGGUGGAGCCCCUGGAGGAGCAGGCUGGUUGGCGGCAGCAUCUUCGGGAGUGGCUCCCGGGUGCGGAGCGAAGGCUCCAUGCCACGGAAGAGUGGCUUGCCGGCCUGGCGAGCUGGGGUCGGGAGUUGGAAGGAGCCUCGACCUGGGGAAGCUGGGAUGUGGCGCUGUGGAUGGUCGUGGACACCCUCUUCGGCAUGAUCGGGUGGGCACUCUUCGGCAGCGCUUGGACUAAGGUUCGGACCGGAUGCCGCCGGCUCCUCCAGGUUCUGGUGGUGCUGGGGCUCUGCUUGGUCGCUCACUAUGUGUGGGCCGUGUGCUACCCCAUUGUGUCGCUCCUGAUCGGGGCAUGCAUGGCGAUGGCAUGGCUACUUCGCAAAGUCCUACGAGGAGUUGGGGCCUUUGCGUUCUGGUUUCAAAGAGUUACAGGAGGCUCUCCAGAAGCCUCUGAAGCAGAGUUCUUGGGCCCUGCCACUGGGCGGACACCUGAAACCUCCCAGCUUCGAGCAUUCAAGAGGUCCAGUGAGCAGCCCAAGUACAUUGUGGUGAAGAGAGGGGAAGAUGCUGCUGUCUUCGCCAUCGGCAUGGACUCCCAGUCCAUCAAGACCCACGGCCUCUAUGUCCCUGUGGAGUGCAACACGAUCCGCGGAUCUCCGGCUUUGGUGAGGCGGCUGCGGGACGUCGAGGAGGUGCACUUAUGCCGAAAUGAGGUGACCCACGACUUCUGGGCCUGGUUGAAAGGGUCCCCCUUGACCGACGGCACCUCACAGUUGAUGCAUCGCCUUCGGGAGUUGGGUUCCGAAUCGGAGCAAGAGGAGGAGCACCUUAUUUGCUGUGGCAGCCUGGUCACAUGGCGGGGCCCUGAUGGAACUAUGCAGUCACGUACACGAGCGGUGGAGGACAUCGACGAGGGGGAGAACGAUGAUGAGGAGAACGGGGUCGACAACGAGGAGGCGCAUGGUGACGAGGAUAGGCAUGGUCGUGCGAGAAAGCUGUUGGGAAGGGCUCGUGAAUGUGAGGAGCCCGAGAUCAAAGAGAGAACGCCACGUUCAGAAGGUGCCGGCAGCUUGCUGGAAGAGUUCUUUGAGAUCUUUGCGGCCGGAAAGGCUGAUGGACUCCGUGAAGACCAAGCACGCAAAAAGCUGGGAGCUGACCGCCUGCUACUACCCGGUGAUCUUCUUCGACAACUGGUUGGGGAGGCGGAGAAUGAGCAGGCGCAAGGGCAGAGAGGGCUGUCACGUUUCUUGACCACGUGGCGGAAGGAGCUGGCUAAGGUGGAAGAGAAGCGAGGUGACGGGCUACGAGUGGCACCCCCCAGGAUCUAUCGGCCGGACAUCAGGGCAGGAGCCAGGACCGACAGUGGAACCACUGCAGAACCCGUUGUCCAAAUUGCCAAAGCGAUCCAGCAUCAAACAGCAGAAUUGGCUUCUUUGGUUCGUCAACAAACCGAAGGAGCAGGAGGUCAGGUCCCCGGUACAAUCCGGGGGCUCAACAAACAAUCAGAAGAACUGGUCUUCUUGCUUCGGGCGUGUGGCCAGUAUCAAGUGCGUGUUGGUGCGGAAGAGCACGGUCAGGCACUAGCAAACUCAUUGCUGUCCGCUCAGAUAGGAGCCUCGACCAAGCUUCGAGCAGCAGGCUUCCGCCAACGGAUGUCAACACGGCUGGCAGUUGGAAUUGCAGGGCCGUACUGGGGCAUUCAGGAGAAGUAUGGCCUGAGCGCCGCGGACUUCCUUUCCUACACGGACGCUGAGCUCGACCAGUUUGCUUCUGAGGCCAAGGUGAUGAAGAACACCGACCAAAGACCUCCUCCUCCGUCCAGGUUUGAUGAGUGGACCGCCCGAGUACGACGCCAGACAGAUGUGUGGUGCCUGGUUUAUGGGGAGGAAUGGAGAGCCGUACGGAACAACGCCCUCAACCUCUUGUCGGAGUGGCAUCUGUCCCAUCCUCACCGGUGGCCGCUGGCCAUAGUCAUCGACAUCUGGGAGGAGAUUCACUGGCGAUUUCUGGAGGAGCUCAAGGACGUGCUUCGGAGCCUCAAGAAGGAGAUUGGCAGGGAAACGAUCAGCCUUACCGAGCUCAAGUUCCAUGCGCUACUUCCCGGACCAGAUGGACAGGCAUGGCUGGUGAUGCCCACGACCUUCGACAUCGAGAAGCCCGACUCAUGGUUCCAGACCGAGGUCCUCCCAAGGAUCGAGAGGAAGCAAGACCGCCUCUUAUUAUGGAAUCUCACUUGGCAGGGCGGUGCCCGGAAGGAUCGCAACCCGGCAGCACCAGCUGGAGGAGCAGGGGAGAGUGCAGGAAGCUUGAGUUCGCAGUCCAAGCCCACUCUCAAGUCGUUGUGGGGGCCCAAGCUGACUCCGGAGGAGGUCGGAAUGGCCAAAGAUCGGGCCCCUUUGGACCGCCACGGCAAGUUGCUCUGCUGGGGAAACCUGUGCCACAUUGGCUGCCAGACGACAGGUUGUCAGCGCUCCCAUGAAGGACUUCGCGGCUCUUUCGAGAAUCUGGACCCGUGUGUGCAAAUGCAACUCCUCAAAAGAGGUGGACUGAAGCGGAUGAAGCUCGAGAGCCCGGAUACCGUGACCACCAAGAUCAAAGACAUCCGGUCCAAGAUGCGGGUCGAGAAGACCGACAAGAUCCAGGACGGAAAGAAGCGAGCGAAAGCUGGGAGCACCCCGGCAGCUGUCGGGACAGAAUCUGGAGAGCAGGAGGUAACGGAAGAUGGCCGAGCUGGAGGAGAAGGGCCAAAGGUGCGAUUUUGGGAUGUCCCCGAGGAGUUCGAAGUCGACUACACCAAGGGCGAGGACCUCAAGGAUGUGAUUCAAGGGCCGGACUAUGCGUGGCAUCGAGAUGUUCAUCGUGAUCUUCCACCUCAUCGUGGUCGGGAUGGGACUUCGGCGCCGCAGGAGGCAAAGCACCUGGUCCAGAAAGCCCAGGAGCUAGGAAAGUCCCCUGCUCUCCAGGCACUGGAGGGAGCCACUGAUGACUUGUAUGCAUGGGCCGCCGCUAGAGUUGCUAGGGAACCCGGAGUCGAACUCUCUUCACUUCUUCAGGAAAUGGCGACCUACGGGAUGGGAGAGCUUGCACGGGAAGCGGCUGAACUAUUGGAGCAACGGGAAGGAACUAAAGCAGGCUCGGCUCGACUGGUGGUUCGAGACACCCUGUGGGCAGAGGGGCAACCAGGGCAAGGAAGCGUCGAGCUCGACGGCACCACCUGGCGGCUGUGGGACUAUCAGGAGGACGUCAUGAUGACGGAGGACCUGGCGGCACUUCUUCACCUACUGGAGGUGUCCAUUGAGCGGCGGCAGUGCGUGACCAUCACCAUUGCGGCUAUGGUUGAGUGGAAGGAGAAGAGCCGACGGCCGUCAGUGGAGCAGGUUCAGACCAGAGCACAAAGCCUGAGGCUAGAGCAGACUCGGCUAGCCGUGGACGCGGCCAACACCAUCGGCGAGGCGGAGGAGAUGGUUGCAGCUGUGGAACACGAAGUCAGGACCUACAUCCAUGACCUCACUACAGCUCACCACGAGAAGGACUUUCGCUCUUUGGAAGCCCUUGCGGACUGCCGAUUGGUGGUUUUUAGGGCGGACUACCGAGGGGGCUUGGUCGUGGAGUGCAUCAUUGGGUCCAACUGGAUAGAUGGGGGUUGGACGACCUUCGCACUGAUUUGGAAGGGGCACAUGGUCCUUUUGGAACCGCCGGACGGCUAUGACCUGGAGCGCUUCCUGGCCAGAGAGGACCCCCAAACCACACCUGCGAUGGGGUUUACGUUCUUUUGGCAUGCCCGUCAUGAUCAACCUCCCACCGCACCAGGCAAGAUUUUCUGCAGGUUGUGCAAAGCAGGCCGCAAAGCUGGGGAGUCGCUCAACGCACCACGGCAUAGCUGCUUGUCCUACACGGCCGCCACCGCUGGAGGCUCCAUGGACAUCCACCAUGACCACAAUGUGAUUCGGGCGGUUCGGAGUGCAGGCCAGCCACAUGAACCGGGGCAGCUGGUGCUAAGGGAGUUCUUUGCCGGGAAAGGUGGCAUCUCUGCGGAGUGGAGCAAGACGAGCCCGAUCAUGGAGCCGGUCGAGGUCUACGAGCAUCCCCAUGACAAGCAGGGCUACAGGGCACACUUUGACUUGAGUCGAAAGGAUGUCCACGACAAAUUUCUGGCAGAGGUGCGUACCGGGCCUUCCAAUGUGCAUUGGAUUGCGGCCCCAUGCGCGAGCUACUGUGACUGGCAGCAGAAGAAUGGCGGGACUCGCACCUUCGAGUGUCCCGAAGGCACUGGACAGGGACCAUUGGCAGCGACUGAGGCAAUGGGCAACAUUUUGAGUGCGCACGCUGCUGAGCUCUUCGAGGCUUCGUUGGAUUCUGGUGCCUUCCCUCUCGUCGAGUCCAGUGGGGUCAGUGGACGGUACCCCAAGCAAUGGGACCUGCCGUGCUGGAAGCGCAUCCUCAACCGGCCGGACGUAGAGUACGUUGACCUGCCCAUGUGCGCCUUUGGUCUUGGCCCCCCUGAUGAGCCAGAUCAUUUCUAUGCGCACAAGACCAGGGUGGUCUUCCCACUGCAUCCACCGUUACGGCGGGCGCUCCGACGAGUCUGUCCGGGCCUGUCAACCUCGCACCGGCACAUCGGGCUGAAGGGUUGUCGCGACGGCCAAACCGUCACUCGCUGUACUGAAGCCGGGGUGUACGCCCAGAACUUUGUGUCAGUCGUGGUGGCGGUGCUCCAAGCUUCGUGGGGGGGGGGUCUGGCUUUGACGCCACAAGAUGUCUUCGGGAUCGAGGCGGAGACGAUGGAGAAGAUGGAGGUGCCCUACUACCUGGUGACCGUGAAGAGGCUGGCGGAGAUGGUGAGGAUGAUCUACCGGGAGACCUACCCGGAGACGAUGACGAAGGACAUGACGGAGAUGGUGGAGGCGUCCAACGAAACGAUCAACCCGAUGGAGAUGGCAAAGGGGAUGGCUUGUUGGAAUCGAUGGGCUUCGGGAACCACUCGGCGAGCCGCCACGGAGACGGGACCGGGUGAUCCCUAUGCCGUGGAGACCAAUGAGAAGCUCAUCCGCUCCAGCUGGAGCCCGAGAAAGAUCCCCGCGAGGGAGUUCCAGACCAGGGCGGAGCGAUAUCGCUUGGCAUGUGAGAAAGGAAAGGGCAAAGGCACCUCCUCUCGAGGCGCCGAGCCAGCUCUAGGAGAUCCUGACCAAGGAGAAGGGGAGACCCUGCAGGGAGUUGUCAUCACGGAUGAUUGGCGGGCUGCCGGAGGGGCUGAUCCAGGCUAUGGCAAGUGGACGGGCGUUACCAUCUUCACCAUCCAGGAGAUGCCGGUUGUCGACGACGAGGCGAUCCCGUGUGAGGACGACUGGGAGUGGGGCGCAGACGAAGAUGAGGGACCUGACCCGGGAGAAGAUGACGGACCGGAGCCCGAGGUGAGUGUCCAAGUGGAGUCAGGCCCGACGGCCUACGCAGGGAGCGAGGCACGUGAUGGCCCAGGUUCGGCCUACCAAGCACCAACUACAGCAGCACGGCAGGCAGCGGAGGAGUAUGUCAAGGCGAUUGAGCAGGACUUUGACAACACUCCUAUGGGUUGGGCAGCCGUGCUACGGGCGGGCAACAAGCUGGUUGAGGUCGCGGGUGGAGUGCGCCAAGCUGCUGAAAGCCUCUGGGAGGUAAGGGAGAAGGCCGGAAUGAUGAACCUAGCCCAGGUGGAUGACCCGGGGCUGGACCGUGUGCUACACCCCCACCUCCUGGAAUAUCUUCGGGAUGUUCGACGAUAUGGCAUGGCGGCCAGGUUCCAAGGGCUUCGAACCAGAGCCUUUGCGAAGCUUCACCCCAAUGCACGACGCCACGUUGACAAGGUCUUUGCCCAGGUCGCCAAGGAUGUGGGAAAGCAGAGGGUGUUGGUAGUCAGUGCCAUGAUGCCUCAGCUGAGCGGGACGAUGGCCUCACCUUUUGAGACGGUGCAGAAGCUCAAGCCAGAUCGCUCUGUGUCGGAGGAGGUGAGAGUGGUCCACGACCAGAGGACCAUCAACCAUGGGACGAACAAGUUCCUUCACCCGCCGGCCCUUCAACCUACCCACUCGCAGAUCGCCAAGCGCAUCCUAUGGGCUAAGGGUCGAUGCCCGGGCUUGCCGGUCCUCCUGUCCAAGAAGGACAUUUCUGGGGCUUUUAGGCUUCUGUGGGUCGCCCCGGAGGAUGUAGAGUUGUUCGCCGGGGAGCUGCCGUGGAACCCGAGGAAGGCCUUUCCGAACGCCACAGACGAAGAUAUUCACUUGGAGGGCAUUCCGGGCGGGGACAUCACGGUGGUCUACUUGGUCUCCAGCUUCGGGUUCAGUGGUAGCCCGGGAGAAUGGACUGUAUGGGGGCGUAGCACGGAGGAAUUCCAUCGAGCUCACCGCCCGUCGGUUCCACGGAGAGACAUGGGCCAUGGUUUCGAUUGCAAGGUCCUGGUCGACGACGGAGUGUUGGUGGAGCCCUGGGUGGGACUGAGGCCGUGGGUGAGCGCGGAGGUGUUUGAGCACGGCAUCAGGACGCUCCUGGGGAACAAGGCGGUGAAUGAGGAGAAGGACAAGGUGGAAGGAGCCUUCAAGACCGCACAAACGGUCUGGGGGGUGAUCAUGUGCACGGAGGGCGAGACUGCUACGCUUCCAGAGCGACGCAUUCAGAAAGGGGCGGUCCUUCUAGCUGACAGCUGCUUUGACUACGGCUCCAAGGAGGUCACCCUGAAGCAGCUACAACAGUUCAGAGGCAUCUUGACCGGAUGGGCAGCCAUCGUGAAGGGUCUGGUGAACGAGCUCAAGGCGGCGGGCGGACAAAAGGUGAAUCCCCGACUACGUGGAGAAGGCAGCCAGGCCUGGGAGGCAGACCGGGCAUGGGAGGAUCUAUGGGAGCUUUUUGAGGUCUGCCGCUGGCUGAGUGCGCGGACGGAUCGAUGGGAAUCCUUUGCCACCGGCUUGAGAUCUAUGCUUCCCACUAUGGAGAGAUUAAGCUUGCCUGGAGAGUGGGAGAAGGUCAUUUGGGUGUCAUCCGACGCUACGCCUACAAUGGUGGGAGCCAUCGAUUGGACCAACAGACAGGUGACACGCCUUCCCACCGGGACAUUGAAAGCGUGGGCUGCUCGGGCUCUGUCAGACCAUGAGAUUGGGGACCAGGAGACCGACCUCGUGAUUCACCUGGGUGAGAUGCUGUCCUUUGUUGCCUUCGCAUGUGCAGCUGGGGACCAGUGGAAGGGGGGAGUAGUGGCCUAUGGCGGGGACAACACCAUCGUCAAGAAUUGGCUACAAUCCCGGAAGAGCAACACCCGAGGGGGAAGAAUCCUCAUCAGGGCCCUCAACCUGGCGGAGAUGAAGUACAACUUCACGGUCGUGAGCGGAUGGUGGCGGACCUAUCACAACGUCCACGCGGACUUCAUCACGCGGUGCACCCAGGAGGAAUUCGAGGGCUUCGUGAAGGAGAAGGGCCUUCAGGUGCUGGACAUCUCUGCGGCGAUCCACGGCGCUCUGGAGGACUCGGUCCGGUAUGGGGCAUGCUUCCUUUGGGGCCCAGAGAAAGAAGGUGAUCGUGCACUGCAACUUCAGCUCCGUGAGAGAAGGGUGUCAAAACAGAUCCAAAGGGAGCUCGAGAUUCCGUGGAAAGCCUUCGCCGUAAAGGAGUGGACCCCUUCGGGAAGGUGGCUGAAAGAUUUUGAGGCCUUGGGAGGAGCCCUAGGAGCGGCCAUCGAAGACGUUGGUGACCGGCCGGUGCUUUUGUGCGCCACGCUUGGAGUGGACUACAAAGGGAAGCACAUGGAGCAGUACCUCCGCAACCUUCAACACGAGGGAGCUCGUUUGGGACUGGUCGAAGGACCGGGGAAGGUCGAUUGGGAGCGAGGGCAGCGACACUGCGAGAGCCGGGGAUGGGGCUAUGGGAUCGUCGACUUCAUCACCGCCGAGAAUGGGGAGGCGUUGACGAGGAGGAGGCGGUGCUUGGUGGUGAACCCACAUGGUGCUCUACCUGAGGCAUGGGAGGAGUUUCUGGUCAGAGCUAUGGGGCCGGCACCGAUGAGUUCACUGCUGAAACCAAAGGAGCACCAUGAACUGUGUUGGACCAAGCCGCUGCGUUUGGAGCUGGAGAGUGGCAUCCCGAGAGAUCGAAUGCUACCUCAACCAGCAGGUCAUGUCUGGUGGGGCGAAGAACGUGAGGUGAUCCAUGGGAUUGGAGGCCCUGGUCGGUGGCCCCUGUUGUCAGACGACGGGAGCAGUCUACAGGGCUACUAUGUCUACGAUCGCCGAGGACCUGGAGGCCAUGUUCGUCGUCUUGACCCGGAGGAACUAUGGGUUCUACAAGGGCGCCAGCUUCGAGACCUACCAGCCAACAUCCCUGCCGAGGUUGCGGUGAUCGAAGGGGUCCGGGCCACGGGGAUUCAAACUGCCGCGAACCUGGUGACCAUGGGAGGCCAAAUCCUCUGCGAGCUGAUCGCCCGUGAAGCUGGGGAACUGAACCCGGGUAAGGCCGGGAUGAUGCCGGACGCCACCGGAGCAGAGGCCACCCAGAUCCUGCUGUGGCUCAGAAGGUGGAAGAGGGGAGAGUUGAGGCGGAGCCCGCCGUCCUAUGAGGCCGACACCAGCAGGGCUGGUGGCGGCACGGGGCCACCUCUGAGGAGGCUGUGGAGGUGGUCGGAGGCGUGGUGGUGGGCUCAAUGCAUGGACGAGGAAGAGGAGGACGAUGCCUACACCCUGGAGUUUGCCAACGAGAUCAAGGGUUCCUAUGCUGGCGGACGGACCAAAGCCAAGACCGACCCGCUCAAGGUUGCCGAGAAGGAGAACAUGACUGGGGACAAGAGUGCCGCGACGGAGAAGGCCUAUGGCGGAGCAUGGAUGAAGUGGUGCGCUUGGGCUAGAAGACAGGGCUGGCCAGAUGAGUUCCUCAACCGCAAUGUGGACCCGAUUGAGAACGAGAACCGGGCGCUGGCCUACGUGGGUUACCUGGGAUGGCUGGGCGCCUCGCCCAAUACCAUCCGUCAACACAUCUUCGCGAUGAAGAUGGUGCACAAAAGGAGUGGCAGGGGCGACCCCUUGGAUGGAAUGCACCGGGUGUGGAUCCUCGUCAACGCCUUGGACCGGAGAUCGACUACCAGGAAGCCACGGCGCUUGGGGGUCACGCCUGAGAUGUUAGUAUGGUUGGGCGAGAACCUGGUCGACCCGCUAGUGAAUGACCGGCAUUCAAUUCCGUACGCGGAGGCAGUGAUGGUCGUGGCGGCCUUGGAGCUGGCGUGGUUCUUCAUGCUGAGGGCCAAGGAGUUCGGGGAAUCGAACGGAGUGGACGAGAGCAUGAUCACGAGGGGCUGUGACAUCCGCCUUUCUCACCAAGGAGUGGCGAAACCGGUGGGGGAGGCGACCGAGAUUUCCCUCUUCUUCCGGAAGACCAAGAACGACCAGCUGGCCUUCGGGGACACCAAGACGCUGCAGGCCACGGGGAGGAAGCACCUUUGCCCAGUCGAAGCACUGGACCGUAUGAGGCAAGUCUGGACGAUGCGGUUUCUGCCAGGCCAUGCCGAGAGCACCAAGCCGCUGUUCAGAUGGAGCAAUGGCCAGGUCAUCAAGAGGAUCGAGAUCCAGCACUUCCUCCAGGAGGCAGCGGUUGGAGUGGGCUUGCCGCCAGGGAGGUUCAUGUCCCACUCUUUGAGGAUUGGUGGGGCAUCAGCUUUGUUCCAGUCGACUGCCGACAUUGAGUUGGUGAAGCGAGCGGGAAGGUGGUCCUCCUCUGCGGUGCAACGCUACCUCUUCGAUGGGGGUUCGGUCAGCGCAGUCUCCAAGAAGAUGGCCGCGGUCGGAGAUGUGACCACCUUUAGAUGA